AUGUCUUCCGCCCUCGAAAAUCUGCAGCAACGAGAGCUUGCUGAAGAGAUUGAGGCGAUAAAUGCAAUAUACGAACCCGAUACGAUCGAAAUCAAUACAAUCAGUUCAGCCUCGGACAAUGUCCCACGAACGCUAGAUUUGGGAGGAACAGAUAACAGCACCGCUGCUAUUACCACGACGAUACGAUUGCGUAUUCCGGAGCAUCCUCACCUAUCGUUUAUAUUCGGGUUUGACGAUGAGUAUCCGGAAACACCUCCCCGAGUAGUUGGGACAGCAUCGACCUCCUCCCGCGGCGAAGGGAGUUUAACUGUUGAUGUGUUAAGGGAUAUUGUCAGCCGAGCACAUCAACCGGGGCAAGUCUGCUUAUUUGAAGUAAUCAGCGAGGCGACUGAAAAGUUUUCUGAAUUGAGCAUUGGUGGAACAACAGACCCUGAAAAUGCAUCGAGAGGAAACGAAACACCAGUUGGAGAGCAUGCCACGGACGAUCAGGUUGACCAGACUGCCGAUAAUUUCAUGGCUCUCUCUUUGAAAGACUCAUUCGGCAUAGAUAGCCCUCCCGAUUGGAUACUGUCCGAUAUUGUCACAGAAAAGAAAUCAGUUUUUGUCGGUCGUGCGGCAAAGGCGUAUCUAGAUUACCUCCUAGCAACAGACAAAAAGGUCGCAAGUGCGACACACAAUAUUAGCGCAUGGCGUAUUCGAGAGAGAAAAGAUGACAACAUUGAAAGGAUAUUCCAAGACUGUGAUGAUGAUGGAGAAACCGCUGCGGGCGGACGUUUACUACAUCUAAUGCAGCUGAUGGAUGUUUGGGAUGUGCUAGUGGUCGUUACGCGGUGGUAUGGAGGAAUCUUGCUUGGCCCGGAUAGGUUUCGAAUUAUUAACAAUGUCGGGAAAGACGCACUUAUCAAGGCGGGGUUUCAAAGGGAUGCUUCGAGUGCCAAAGACAAAGGGAAGAAGAAGGGGAAAAAGUGA